AUGAGUGGGCGUAUUCGCGGCGUGAGAAUGGACGCGAUUGGAUCGAGGGCGGCCGAGGUAGCGUAUGUGUGGGCGGGAAGAAAGGCAAAUGUCAAGCUCGCGACAAUAAUAGCCACGAUAAGACGAUUCGACGAAUGGGAUAUGGCAUGUUCGUUGUGGAAGGGAAGCUGGCGGAUUACCGGAUAG